CUCUCUCUCUCUCUCACAUUUCAAGACCUUGAAGUUGGUGAUAUGAAGAUUCUACUCUUCUUCUGCUGAAAGAAUCGAAUCGAGGAUCUGCUAUUGGCUCAGCUGCAAGAUCGCUGCUUCAAAUAUUUCUUGAGGUAAGGGAUGGUGGCUGAGUCAUGGUUUCGUGGUCUAUGGAAAUCUUCAAAGAAGCAUGACCUUGGCCAAGAAAAGGCGCGGAUUGGAGUGUUCGCUUUUGAAGUAGCAAGCCUACUGUCCAAGCUAGUCCAUCAAUGGAAUUCUCUUACUGAUAAGCAGGUUAUGAAGUUGAGGGAGAUCAGUAAUUCUGUGGGUAUCAAGAGGCUUGUAUCAGAYGACGACAAUUACUUAGUAGAUUUGAUAUGUGCUGAGAUGCUACAUAAUUUGGAAAACGUGGCAAGAGUAGUGACCAGGCUUGCAAAAAAAUGCAGUGAUCCCCUUUUAAAAUGCUUCGAGCAUGCAUAUGAUGAUUUGAUCAAGUUGGGAGUCGACCAGUAUAACUGGCAGUUCACUUGGAAGAAGAUGGACAAGAAAGUCAAAAAGAUGGAAAAGUUCGUUUUUGUGAAUGCGAAUUUGUAUCAGGAAAUGGAAACCCUCACAGAGCUUGAACAAAUCCUGAGGAGAAUGAAGAGCAACGAUUACCAAGAUAGCAUAACUUUGGUCGAGCAUAUGAAGAAAUUGGCGUGGCAGCAGCAAGAAGUCAAAUGGCUGAAAGAGAUAUCUCUGUGGAACAGGACUCAUGACUAUGUGGUUCUCCUUCUGGCAAGAUCCAUAUUCACUAUUUUCAAUAGGAUUGGGCAUGUAUGCAUACCUCUGUUAACGGACUACUCUGAUUUCCUAGAUUCUGAUCAUAUCUACCGCAGCCAAUCUGUAUCGGCAUUGCUUCAGUCUUAUAUUCACCCGUCUGAGAAUGGUUCUCCUGUGAAAAAUUGCCAUAUUAAUCCGAAUGCUGCUUGUGUUACAACCCCACAUAGGAUUGAAGAUUCUGAGGUCGAACUUCGUACUGUUAGUAGCUCUAAACAGAAUAUCUUUGAUGCUCCUCCGGAAACUCUUGGUGCUGCUGCUUUAGCACUGCACUACGCUAAUGUCGUUAUCGUACUUGAGAAACUUUUGGCCUCUCCCCACUUAAUCAGUCAUGAUGCAAGAGAUGAUCUGUACAAUAUGUUGCCAAAAACCGUUAGAAGCGCUCUCAGAGUGCGGUUAAAACCAUACACGAAGAGCUUGGCUUCAUCAGAUUACGAUAGAGAUUUGGCAGAAGAAUGGAGUGAGGCAAUAUCGGCCAUUUUAGAAUGGUUAUCCCCACUUGCUCAUAGCAUGAUACAAUGGCAAUCGGAGAGGAGUUUUGAGCAACAAAAUCUGGUUUCUAAGACGAACGUGCUUCUUGUACAAACUCUCCACUAUGCAAAUCAAGAAAAGACCGAAGCCACAAUAACCGAGCUUCUCGUUGGUCUCAACUACAUUUGGAGAUUUGGCAGAGAAGUGAAUGCGAAAGCUGUUGGAAUGUGAAAGUGGUGGAUUAAUCGAUGAUUCUUUAAAUUUGGCAAGUUAGCAGCAUGUUUUCAGCUUUCUGGCAAUGACAAACAGCUCCCUUCCCAAAGGCAUCGGCUCCUGUUUCAGGAGCCGUUUGCGGGUAGAAGUUGAACCACCAUCGUCUUUCUGAUCAAGCCCGGUGAUCACAAUACUUGGGUCUCCCUCUCCCCUUCCUGUGGUCAAAAGGUACGGUUCGAAAAAUCUAAAAGUAGUUGUUUCAUCAAGCGACCUUUUGGCAUAGAAUUGAUACGGUAUUUGCUUGUUAGGUGGGUGUGUUAUUGUGUAGAUGUAUAGGUAAUGGUCAAAUAUUCUCUAGAGAUUUGUGGAUUUACAAAGUUCUCCUUAUAAAAUAUAACAUGUUUGAAAUUGAGCAAUUAUCAAGCAU